AUGAACGUGACGGAGUUGAAUCUCUCUGAUCGCUGUGAGCAUUUCUCCUGUCCAGAGAGAUCUGUAUCUCCUGCAGUUUAUAUCUUACUGUACGUGUGUUCAGCUGCUGUGGUUCUUCUAACAGUGUGUGGAAAUCUGCUCAUCAUCAUCUCUGUUCUUCACUUCAAGCAGCUUCACACUCCGACUAACAUCCUUGUGCUCUCUCUGGCUGUCUCGGAUUUUCUUGUUGGUGCUUAUGUGAUGCCUCCAAUGUUGAUCUGGAUUAUUGAGUCAUGCUGGUUUUUUGGAAGAAGUUUCUGCAUUGUUUUUUGGUUGAUUUGUGGUUUCAUCACAGUCUUGUCCAUCUACAACAUCACUCUGAUUGCUGUGGAUCGCUAUUUGGCUCUUUCACACCCUUUUCUGUACAUGAACAGAGUAUCAGUGAGGAUCACUUGUAUUCUAAUUGGUUUUGACUGGUGUGUAGUGGUGACCUACAUCACAGCACUUUUGUAUUUCAAUGGAUUCAUAGAUUCUGUAAUGUGCCCUGGAGAGUGUUUCUUCUUUCUAAAUGAGGUUUGGUCUGUAAUUGAUCUUGUGUAUUCAUUUAUAUUUCCACUUUUUGUCAUAAUCAUAUUGUACAGUCGGGUUUUUCUGAUCGCUAAGAAACACGCCACUGCUAUCAGAGAGCUUAAUAAUCACACACGACCUCAAACACAGAAAAUCACCUCCCACUCCAUGAAAUCUGAGAGAAAAGCAGCCAAAGUCCUCGGCAUUUUAGUGGCCGUGUUUUUAGUGUGUUUGCUUCCUUAUUAUAUUUACAGUUUAUUAUUUACAGUUAUUGACAUUCAGAGAAAAACAUUUCAGACACUUUCGAUUGUUCUUUAUCUGAAUUCGACCAUGAAUCUGGUUAUUUACGCUCUGUUUUAUCCGUGGUUUAGGAGGUGCAUUAAAUUAAUUAUAACUCUGCAGAUAUUCCAAACAGACUCUGCAUUAAUUAAUGUUCUUUCAUGA